UCAUCCUUCACAAUGACUUCCCUUCGGCUAUUACAACUUCUCGUGCUCCUGGGAGUUGUUUCUUACGUUCAAGCCGCCAGCCUCUGCUUCUUCCCCAACGGCAGGCAAUCAAAAGAUGUACCAUGCGACCCGACAGCAGAGGUUAGCAUGUGCUGCGGCUCCGUGGCCGCCUGCUUAUCCAACGGCCUUUGCAAGGACGAGAGCACAACAAACAGCACUGGCGUGUCAUACGCCAGGGGGACCUGCUCCGACCCGACAUGGCAGUCCCCAUUUUGCCCCCAAAACUGCCAGCUGAACCAAGACAGCAUGCGCACCCGAUCGGCCUACGACUUCCGCGCCAACGGCGUCCAGGUCUGGGAGUGCGACGCCCAGGGCUUCGGCCAGCCCGCGCGGUACUGCUGCGAAUCGGCGGCUGAGAAGACACGAUGCUGCGCUACCUCGUCGGCCCUCUUCAGGCUGGCCUCGGCCUCGCCCGGCAACGCGCUGCCCAUCCAGACCUACCCACCACCCGUAUCGAGCUUCGCAACGACGAUGAGCGCGAACCCCGGCACGGCCGGCACGCCCAAACCGAUGGCAACCGCGGACGCGAGCCGCAGCUGCAGCAGCAUGGCGGCACCAGCACUGACGCCGGCACCAGAGGCGGCACCGCUGCCGUCAUCGUCGUCGACGGACGCCUCGGGCGCGAUGCCGACCAACGUCAAGGUCCCGGCCUCGCCCGCUAUCGGCACCAACGGCGUGAUCACGGGGCCCGGCGGCGAGCAGAUGAUGGACAUGUCGAUGCACAGGAGCAGCAUGACGGCCAUGGGGGUGGGCGCUGCCAUCGGCGGCGGCGCCCUGUCGGCCAUGCUCGUCAUGCUCGUGAUCCACUGCCUCCGCCGGCGCCGCGAGACCGCCAUGAUCGAGGCGGGCCAGGGCGGCAGCAGCUUCCGCGUCCUCUCGGGGGGAAGGAGGCCCAGCGAUAGGGGAGGCUCGGGCUUCCGCGUCCUGUCGCACGGCCGCAGCCCUAGCCAGCAGUGGCUGGUGCGUCCCAACAUGUCGGAGCUGGGCAACGGCCACAGCCGCCACAACAGCUGCAGCUCCCAUUCGAGCAUAUUACGAAACAACAGCUAUAGCUCCCAGAACAACGGCAACCACUGCCAUGAGGCCGUCGACCGCGGCUGCGGCCACGGCCCCGGCCCCGGCCCCACCUACGGCAGCGUCAGCGUCGCCGGCGGCGGCUACGGCAGCGUCGCCGCCUACAGCACGGUAGUGCCCGGCGCCGCGUUGCCCGUCAACCCGCAGCAGGCCAUCUUCGAGCGCGGCGUGCAACAGCAGCAGCAGCAGCAGCAGCAGCAGCAGCAGCAACAGCCGCGGCCGAGCUUUGCCGUCUCGGGCCACCCGUUGGUAUGGAACGGCAUCAACUACGGCGGGCGCUUCAACGAGAUGCAAACCAUGGACGAGCGCACCAUCGCGGUCAUCGACACCAUGAUCGCGGCCGGCGCGGCCACCGACGGUAGCCCCAACCUGAGCGAGAUCUCGGGCGUCUCGGGCUCGCUCGCCGACUCGCCCAUUGACGUCGGCCAGAUGCUGGUCGGCGAGCUGCCGCCGCGGAGGCCGCUGCCGCCGCUGCCCAUCGCCAUGAAGCGGAAGACGCCGCUGGCGGAGCUGCCGGACAUGCAGACGCGGCGGAACUAGUAGGGAUGACGAAAGGAGUGGGUUUGACGAAUGCCGGCAUUACUUAGAGUUCAUUUUUUUUGUGAUUCUUUUACUUUUUCCCCCCCUUUGUCAUCAGCUUAUCCGAAGCCAUAUGGAUGCAUUUUCACUAUCACGAUUCUCUUCUUCUGCCAGGCGCACACGCA